AACAUAGUUAAAUUAACUUCAAGAAUUUGUCUCAUUGCUCCAAAAAAAAAGGAAAAUAAAAGUGAAAUUAAAAAAAAAUCAGUUCAAGUCAUUGGAUAUAGCUCACAGUUGCUGUUGACGACCCGAAACAAACAAAAAUAUUCAGCUGCUUUUCUCUGUGCCUUAUUCACUUUUUUAAGAAAGUUUAACAAAAAUAUUAUUGUGACAUUUUUAAAAACUAAGUCGUGCUGAAAGGUAGGUGAAGUUAAUCAACCUUGUAGAUAUGUCUGUAGUCACGGUUCUACCGGAUGCGUGUAAUAAGCACAUCAAGACAAAUACAACACCCACACGAUCUCUUAAAAGUAUGGAAAGUAUUUAUUCAAUGACACCAACUAGUUCAAAAUUCUCCGUGUUGUCUCGACGAAAGAUUAAUCAAAAGAAUAAUCGUGAUCGAAAUUCAUCGCUUGUGCCAGCUGUUAGUGAAAUUAAGCAGCGUGUUGUGUCCGCUCGAAUGCUCCGAAUGAAACAGUUACAAAAUCAAAUUGGCGAGGCACAUCAUCGAAUUGCAGAAUUGUCAUCAGAAAAUCGCUUACUCAAGUCGCUCCAUAAACGUCAAGAUUCAGCACUUUCAAAAUAUGAAAAUUCAAAUGCAGAACUGCCUCAAUUACUUCAUUCGCACGCGGAAGAGUUGAGAAUGUGGCAAACACGUUGUCGCAACUUACAGCGACAGAAUAAAGAAUUGCAAGCAAAAAUGAAGCAGAAAGAGACAAUUUUGCUGACAAUAUCAGAUCAAAAUAAGCAGCUGCUGCUUUUAAAUAAAGACAAAAAUCUUCAGGAACGUGCCGGUCUUCAAGAGCGCGUGAAAAUACUCGAGCAACGAUGUAUGGAUAAAGAAAAUGAAAUCAAAUUGCUAGCAAGGCGUCUUCAAUUGGAAUCAAAGGCAUUCAAGUCGAAUCUUACAUUAGAACAGCAAAAGUAUCGUGACUUAAUCACAAAAAUUGAAAUGUCUGAUUUCUUGACGGUUACCGAUAAAAAAGCUACUCCACAUAAAGCUAAAACUUUAUAUACCAAGUCACCAUUAAAUCGAAUUGCCUCAAAAUCAGCAGCAAGUCUUUCGCAUGUUAGUGACGAGAAAGUAUCAUCAGCAGGUACAACAACAACUUUACCGCCAUGCAGCAAUGAGCCAAAGAAAGUAAUUGAUGUAAAUAAGCCGUCCGUCAAUAAUAAUGUAAAAUUAGAGAUUAUUGAUGCAUCAGAGUCAGAAUUUGACUUAACUAAGAACUGUAUUGACAAAUCGAAUAGUCUGGAUGAGAAUGAUGAGACAUCAAGUCGAGUUAAAAAUGGAAUGAUACGUGCUCGUCAACAGCAGCAACAGCCCAACAAUAAAAACACAUUAGCAUCGACAAAGGCGAGCACAAAGUUAUCUCCAUUGCACACAGAACAUCCGUACAAAUCGAUUGAUAAUAAAAGCGAGAAGAAAUCAAUUUGUAACGAUAGUGAGUUGUCAGAUGAUGAUGAAUUUCAAUUUUUUAGUAAUCACAAUGGCACAAAAACGACACAUAAUAAUGCAAGAGAACUGCUUGAACACAAAAUGCACAUUAAUGAAUUGGAGGAAAAAUUGAAACAAAAUUCUUUGGACGAUAACAGUCAAAAAUCUCAUCUUCAAUGUCCAUCAUUAUAUCUGCCAAAAACAUCAAACUCAUCAUCCUUAUCAUCGCAUGACGACAUAACAUUAAGAAAUGAAGACAUGACACAUUAUACAUUUAUUGAUGGUCGAGGUGACAAUGAAAUUGUAACAAUUCAGCGUGAAAUACGCGAUAGCACGUUACAGCGUGAAUCCAUACUGGAUGAAUAUUGUGAGACGAUUUUUGAUGACGAAAACAAAUCUCAUUACAGUGAAAAUAGCAUCACAAGAGUUAAGAAGAUAGAAUUUGCUCGAGGAGCUGCAGCCAACAAAAACAACAUUAACAGCUAUGGACACACAAAUGGAGUCAACGGAAGCAGCUUCUGGUCAGCAAAAAACCAAAACCAAUCAUCAUAUCAAAUUAACGAUUACGCUAAAUCAAAUGGACAUGCCAAAACAGGAACAGAAUCAACGACAGCAGGACCGAAGGAAGGAAUCGGUAAGCCUACGAAGCUUGAUGACAAGAAAAAAACUCGAUUGUUGGCCAUUCUAAAGAAUAUGGAUGGAAGUGUCGAAAACUGAUGCCUUUAAAGUUUAAAUGUCUUUUUUCUGUUCGAUUGUAAAUUUCUGUAAAAUAAAUAAUGUAAUUAGACUU